AAACGAAUAAUAAGGUCCAACUUAAUUCUUCAUGAAAUAAGCGAUUAAAGCGGCUUAGCUUAAAAUGUUUGUGGCGGUAGUUGUUGAGCUUCAAGGUUACCACCAGAGGGCGACAUCGUCUUCGUUCGAUUCAGUCAGAAGGGUUUUAUUUUCUAAAGUGCAACCGGAAGUGCUUCCACAAGUGGUCCAACUUCACGGCUAGCCAAAAUCAGAAAACGUUAGUUUCUAUGUCAUGACUUUGGUUCCGAGAUGCGUUUUCGAACACCAUAAUGCGGCGUUACAUACGUGCACUGCUGCUGUGCACGGUGUUCGCCGUGUUUUCGGGCUUGUAUGUUUACAGCAAGCUGUUUAACACGGACGUCUCGGCCGGAGGACACGGAGCGAGGAGGGCUUUCAUCCCGCAGGGAGGCACCGGAGGCAGGCGGGGGUCCGCGGUCAGAGCCGGGCCCCAGAAACCCCACUGGUACAAUAGGUAGUUCUGGGUAUAUCAUGCGUCAAAGCGGGCAGAUAGAAGGUGACAGGAGCGGCGUUCGAAGGAGGCCUGAGCCCACCAUGCACCUGGCCGUGGUGGCCUGCGGGGAGAGGCUGGAGGAGACCCUCACCAUGAUCAAAUCCGCGGUGCUUUUCAGCGUCAAGCGCCUCUACUUGCACGUCUUCGCUGAAGAUCAGCUCCACGCCAGCUUCGUGGGGACUCUGGAGUCGUGGCCCGAUUCGUUCCGCUCGAGGUUCAACUACACCGUGUACUCCAUCAGCUUCCCCAUCGAGAACGGCGGCGAGUGGAAGAAGCUCUUUAAACCCUGCGCUUCUCAGAGGCUCUUUCUACCCCUGAUCUUAAAGGACAUCGACUCGAUCGUGUACGUCGACUCCGACAUCCUCUUCCUUCAGCCUGUAGAUGGCUUAUGGGACUUCCUGUCCCAGUUUAGUCCUUCCCAGCUGGCUGCCAUGUCCCCUGAACACGAGGAGCCCCGCAUCGCCUGGUACAGUCGCUUUGCAAGGCACCCUUUCUACGGCAGGACGGGUAUCAACUCUGGGGUUAUGCUUAUGAACAUGACAAGGAUAAGAAGCACCUUUUUUAAGAACGAUAUGACCCGAGUGGGACUGCGCUGGGAGGAGCUGCUGAUGCCUCUCCUUCAGAAAUACAAGCUGAAUAUAACCUGGGGAGACCAGGACCUUCUGAAUAUUAUUUUUCAUCAUAAUCCUGAGUUUCUGCUGGAGUUUCCAUGCAAGUGGAACUAUCGCCCUGAUCAUUGCAUAUACGGCAGUAACUGUGCCUCAGCUGAGGAGGACGGUAUCUACGUCUUGCACGGAAACCGAGGGGUUUACCACGACUACAAACAACCGGCUUUCAGAGCCGUUUACGAGGCAAUAAAGAAGUAUUCCUUUGGAUCAGACCCGGUCCUGUCUUUGUUGGAUCCUUUGACGGAGGAACUACUGAAGACGACUCACACCUACUGUGGCAAAUCCAAUGCACUCUUUACCAAGAGACUAGCACUCAGUCUGGAAAACAUAAACAGGAAAACUCCACAUGGACGAUGAUGUCUACGGUAAAGUGGAGUUGUAACGCGCUUUGGUAAACCAGCUGACAGAACUCUCAAAUCACACAACUUUGUGAUAACAGGCAAUGAUGCAGUGAAGAUUUGGAGAUCCUUGGAGCGCUGCGAUUGUGUCAAACGGAUGACAGGAGCAUCUUACUACUUGUGAGUUGCUCUGGAUAAGAGUAUGGCGUAGAACCACUGAAACCUGCUGCAAACAGUCCUGGACUAACAUGUUACAGAUGUAUAAAUACAUGAUUAGUUGUCUAAUCAGGUAUUUGUUUUAGUGGCAGUGUUGGGAAAAAUUUACAUCUCAAAAGCAUUUUUUGAUGUAGCAGGCCUCUUCCAUGGAGGAAAUGGAAAUCUUCUUGAUGUACUUAGUUCUAAAUCUGAUUGAAAGUGUAAAAACUACGAAGAAGGAAGGCACUGGAAUUUCCAUAUCGGAGAGUUUAUUGAACUAAUUUUAAAGGAAGUUGUAACCACUGGAGAAGUGGAUAAAAGGUUUUGAUAUCAGUGUGCAAUGGACCACUUUUUGUUUUCUUUUUUAUAGCUUUUAGAAAUUACUUAAACUAGGAACCUCCUGACUCCAGGACUCAGGAUCAAUAACUAAGUUUUAGGGUUUUGUUUUUUUUUUUUUCUUGAGCUGAUUUGCCUGCUAUGCUACGUAGACGACUAUUCAAGUUGAAGAAAGAGCUAGUUGCAGCGGCUGAAACAUGAAAAUGAAAACUUUUGAUACUCAAAGCAAAGCGAAACGUUUUGAAAGUUAGUGAAUGUUUUCUGUAAGUUCUGUCUAUCCUGAGAGAUGCUACCAUCUGUCAUUAUCAGAGUAAACAUGCUAGCAUUAGCCUCUCACAUCAAAACUAAUUAGCAUUAAAAAUGGAACAAAACAUGAAUUUAUUUUGGACUGUAGUUGUGGAGUCAGUUGUAUUUCUAAAAUAUAAAUGCUUAAGCUACUCAAACUUCCAGUGGCACAAUGUCAGAAUAUUACAGUAGCUUUCUUAAACUAAAUAGUCGAUGUCAGAGACGCUUACGGCUGUCUUGUAAAAACUCUGACUUGAGGGAAAUGAAUAAGAGAGACUUCAGUGUCUGGAACACCAUUUUACGAGUGAGUUUAGUGCUUUGCUGUUGGAAGACUAAUGUAAACCAGGUAAUACUGGUAAAACUGUUAUUUUAUUGAUUAUAAAUUGAUUUUAAUUAUAUGUCGGAGUGAGUCUAGGGCUGGUAUCAGGGACAGAUAAUCCUGGCCUUGACAUGCCCAUCUUAAAUACAUGUCCCUUAGAGAAUGUCUUAGUAAAAGUGACUGUACGUUGAAAAUGUUUAAAUAUUUAGCAGCUCUUUACUUGUUGGUGUCACAUUACCAAAU